AUGGCCGUCCUACGAUCCUGGUUCCCUAGUGGACUAGAUGAAGGAGACACGGUCACCCUCAAUAAACCCAAGACCUCGAAAUGGAUCAUCGACAAAAAGGUCAACACGCACAGCUACCAACGUGAAGAUCGUUCUGUCGACUCCUACGCAUCUGUUCUGUUUACUUGCCACAAUGCUACUGAUGGAAAGGAGGCUUUCAUGCGCAUUUAUACCCAAGUUCCACACGCCGGCUUUGAGAACGCAGACAAAGCUACCCGCGCCCGAGAAGCAACCGAAUUCACACCCCCCGAGCUAAAGGCAUACAAAUUUCUCAGUAUCAAACACUCACAAAAUACACCUGCACUUCUAGCAUAUAAGAUGGGGAUUCAGGACAGCUCAGGGCCAGUUCCUAGAGGACACAUUACAUGGAUUGUAUGGGAGAAGGUUCCCGGGAAACGCCUGGGAGAUUUCAAAUCUGCCUUUUUGUACUGGGAUAUGGACCGCGAUCAACGGAAGCGUGUUCGUGAGGUCUUCCUUCGAGAGUUUCCCAUGGCUAAGCGAAUGGGGUAUUUCCCCGAGGGGGCCAAGCCUCGCAAUCUGGUCUGGGAUGAGAACAACGAGGAUCUUUAUUUUGUUGGUUUCCGAGAUGCAAUGCCUUUCGAUGCUAAAGGCAAUUUCGGUGAAGAGUGGUUCCCACGUUUUGAUCUUGCUAAACCCCCCCAGAGACAUUACCGAAUGAACAGAGAUUACAAGGGUGAUAUUUCGGACUGGAAACUUUGA